CUAGCACGUCAUAGAUGUUAUAUUUAAAUGAAUUAAAAAAGAAAACUAAUGCCCAAAAUUACAUUAAAAGACCAUUAAGGCCAAAUAACAGAGUUUCAACAACUUUAACGAUUUUUCAAUAAAACAGAAAGUUUAAAGCGAAAUAUUGAUAAGUUAUUUUAUCCGCUUGACUGCUCACGUCGUAUUUCCGAAGAGGGAUUAUAAGCUUUAAGGACAGUAUCGUGAGUUUGCAUAUAUUUGACCUGUUCUUUUGGUUUCAGCGCGCUUGAACCGGAAAUCGUAUAGUUCGAGUUGACGACUCUCUGAUUGGUCGAACGUUUUGGCCGCGAUCGCAUAUGUUUGCAGUUUUCAGCUGCGUAAACCUCUAAAGCGGAUAAACUCACCGACAGGUCUUGUAUAUACACCGAAGCGGAUAGCCCAAGGCUACAUCGCAACGAACAUAGUAGCUGACUGUAACUCGACCAUCUCCAACCCCGCAGAAUAAAAAACGCAACUCCGUUAUCUAAAUGUCGAUAAGACAAAGAUAAAAGGAUCGAUCUAAAGAUCAGUAUAACUACGAAAAAAUGACAAUAAACUCAAGCUCCUCGGAAGUUAUGAGUGGAUCUGAAAUGUUGUGGGUGUGUUGUUCUCCCGCCAUUUUAGUUUUUGGAAUUUGUGGAAAUUUAUUAACCCUAUUAGUAAUGCUCAGAUCGAGAAUGUCGGGUAAUUCAACUAGCGUGUUCCUACCUGUAUUGGCAGUUGCCGAUAGUGUAGCGCUAGUGUCCGGAAUAAUACCUGAGUGGUUGGAGAUGGCUCAUAUAAUAAAACUGAAAGGUCUACACCCUUGGAGCUGUCGAACAGAAAAAGUCAUCUUCUAUUCAUCUAUUGACGCUUCGAUUUGGACAUUAUUAGCAUUUACCAUUGACAGAUGGUUGGCAGUCGUUUUUCCAUUAAAAAAAACGUCCUGGUGCACUGAGCGCAGAGCAAAAAUUGCCGUUUUAGUCGUUAUAUGUUCAUCAAUUGGGUUAAACAGUCAUGUUCUCUGGACUAGAGGAACUGUUCGCGGGCUUGAUAGAUUGAAGAAUGAAACUUGGACCAACCACUGUGGAAAACCGGAACCAUACGCAUACUUUGAAAAGUUUAUACGUCCCUGGAUUGUGUUUGGACUAGCGAAUGCUUUGCCAGUUUUAUUAAUAUGUUUUUGCAACACAAUGAUUGUCAGCGCUCUGAUUCGAAUACCACGCCGAGAUGGCGCAAUGGGUGUUCGAGAUCGUGAUAAGGCUAACGUUCUACAAACCACUUUCAUGUGCCUUAGUGCUUCUUUUUUGUUUCUCUUUUGCGUAACACCAAGUAUAAUCGUACUCAUAGGGCGCCCAUGGUGGGACGAACGUUAUUGGUAUGGAGUUGUGAAAGCGGUAGCAAACCUUCUAACUCACGUUAACCAUUCUGUAAACUUUCUUCUCUAUUGUGUCAGUGGAAGGCGCUUUCGAGAAGAGCUCAUUUCAAUGCUACGCGGAGAAGAAUCACCCACUAGUUUAAAGGCUCUACGACGAGCGACAAUUAUGGCAAGCAUGGCAUAUAACAGGAGAGAAACUUUGGGUACAUUGGGCACAUUAAGCACAUUGGGACGCUCUUUCUCCUCGAAUAAUUGUCUCGAUAGAGUCUCAUGUGUCUAGUCAUCAAUGAAAUAAUUGUCAAUCUUACAAAUUCUAGUCCUCUUUGUUGUAUAGUUUAUAAACGGAAUCAAUAUGUAUAUAUUAUGAAACAAUUGAAUGGUCGGUCAUUCAAUAUAUUCAGUUGCUCUGGCAAACUUUUCUCCAAUGGUAUCUGACUAGUGGAGGUAUGUUACGUAUGCGGAACUUGGUAAAUGUGGGCGUAUUCAUUUUCUUUACAGAGUUUCCGUAAGACUAUGUUUCCCACAGAUGGCGUCAAAUUACUAGCUCUUUAGAUAGGAUUGAUAGAGACCUAGCUCUCUUAUUGAUAGUAGGUCCAUCUGCUUCAAAGUAUCUAUUUUCACUUUCCUAUUGAAAAAGUACAGGCUAAAAUGUAAUUAGAGGCUUAGAUAAAGCCUAUCGUUCCAAAAGUAGCAACUAUAUAAACUGUUAGAACUGGUAAUAUUCGAAUUAAUCUAAUAUAAUGAAAAAAGUUACGAGGGAAAAUAAAGGAUGACAUCAUAAAAAUUACAACUAUUAUAUCUGACGGUUCCAAUACAUGCCCUGAGGGAUUUUUUAUUAAAGAAGACUGAUGAAUGGAUAAUUUUCGACAAUUGUGAUGAAUCCCUGUCCAGUCAUCAUUUUUACACGUCCCUUUCCAUGAGUAAGCCAAAGUCCGAUCAUUACAUAAAAAAUAACUGUACUUGAAUUUUGCUUAUUUAGGCAAUUGUCACAGGGGAUGAAAAGAAUUUAGAAUUUCCAUACACAUUUUAAAAUAGUUUUUAAAGACAAUGUAAGAACGAACCCAUUCUAAAAAAAUUUGAAUACACGUCAAUGAUGUAGGGUUCUUUAUGACAAAAAUAACGAUAGAAGUAAAGAUUUUAUUAAUCGACAACGAUCUCUAUUGACACCUAAAUAGAGUUUUUUCCCUCGUCUCUGCAUUUGCAGUACACAGAAAAAGAAUUACAGUCAAUAUUAACAAUAUCAUAAUCUGUAAAGGCAAUUAUUCUCACUGUUCAUGUCCUUGUUAGUUUCAUUUGAAGGCGAUAGCCUAAAAAGUAUUUAUUGGAUAAACUGUAGCUUACUUCAAAUGUUGGUGAAGUCUGAUAAAGCAUAUGAUUUUCAUUUCGAAUUUUCCUUGCUUCCCUUUGAAAUAAUAUUAUUGAUAUUAUAUGUCCAAAUAUUCAGAUGGACAUGUAUGAAGCACUGAACAUUAAUGCUUUCCGCACUAAUUACUAUAAUCAAUACGUUUUAUACUCGAUUAUUUAAUAUUUGAUAAAAUUUUAUAGUAGUAACUAAAAUUAGAAAUAAAAUCUAGUAAAUAAUUGUAAGAUGCACUGGAAUAUGCCAUAAAAAGUCCUCGAGACAUUUUUUUCUAUCUAAACUAAUUGUUUGGGUAUCCUUUCGUUUUAGUCAGGCUUUCUUUCGACUUUCUCUGCCUGUUCAACUGCUCUCUAGAAAUUCUAUGACAUUUACGUGGUAUCCAAUUUUUCCAUGAUCUUCUUGGAAAAUGUAAUUUGUUAAAUUCAACCAAACUGAGUUUUAUGUGUAAUUAUUACAAUUUUAACUCCACUCAUUUUAUGUCCAUUUGUCCUUUAUCCACUGAAAAUUAUUCUCUAAAUAGCUAAAUGCAAAACCGGUCAGUUACCUUUAUAAGAGACACUUUCAUUAGUAUGUUGCAAGGCUUUAUCGUUCAUAGGUAUGACAUGCAUGGCUAUUAAUGUUUACGUGUGCUAAAAUAUGCAUGAACAGUGGCUCAACAAAUUAUUUAUAGCCAUAAACGAGUGCAUCACACGAUAUGAAAAAUAAAUAAAAGUGGUCAACAUUAGUUGAAAAUUUUUUAUUCAGUAUUUAAUUCAACUGUUAACAUUGUAAAGUUAACUUACCAAACACAAUUGAAAGCAUAGAAGUAAAAGAACAUAAAUACUAUAUAGAAACAAUUUUUUGACAUAAACUGUUUCCUAUGAAGAGCCUAUGAUUGGAUCAGAGCCAUCUAACGAUUAGAGACAAUGACGCCAUCUCAAGUGAAAAACAAUUACUGUAUUUUAAACUCUCAACGAAACAAUAGAAACGCGAGUAUACUUUAUGGGUACAAAUGAUAUUGCCUAUAACAUUUCGUUAAUUGUUACUGAAAUGAGUUAUAUAUGCAACACAAAAUCACAGACUAGGCGUGGGUCAGAACAUAAAAAAUUACGAAAAUUUGAUGCGCCAAGUCGAGCUCGCUCAUUUUGAGCUGUCAUAUCAUUUCGCAAGUUUUUGGAAAGAGAUUGCUAAAAAAUGAGUUGGGAGAAUAAUCUCAUAACAUUAGACGAUGUGAAGAGGGCAAUGGAAGUUUGCUCUUUGACCAUCACGUUGACCAUUAGCCGACGGUCUAAGAUAUUGUAAAACUUUCCAGCUAAAUGUAACUAUGAUAAUAGCUACAAGACCAUCUAAUAAAUAAUGAUGAAUUGAGUACAUGCUUGCCCAGAUAAUCCAUACAAUGUAUAUCAGGAAAUAGUUGCCUCCUGGAGGUCCAGUUAAAUAUACGGCAAAGGGCCAAGCAACGUGACCUGACGGAAACGAUCCAAAUAUACAAGGAUUACCACUAUACAUAUUAUGAAAGAGAUGAGCGUGAAAGAGUUUAUCAACGCGGGCGAAAGCAGCUCCUUCACUAGGUUUAGCUGCAGCAACUGCGCUUCGUAAGUCUACGUCAUUUCCGAGAGAGUCUACAAACCAUGGAGGAGCUGUCGGCAUGCAUAACCAAACGACCAUAUGUAGCCACAUAACUAGUGCAAGCAACUGUAAAAAUCUUCCUGCAUUUUCUGGCCGAUUCGUGAGAAAGGCAUAUAUCGGAUAGAGAACAGGCCAAGCGUAAUGUAAUAAAUAAGGAAGAGCUGCUAAGACAUCUAAUACAGAACAGUGUAAACUAGAUACAAUUCGAUGAGGUUGAACAGUAAAAAUCGCUUCUUCAAUUCGGCUAAUGGUGAAAACGUAAACGUCAUCAUCAGUUAUUCCUAGAAAAUGACGAAGUUUCACAAAAUUUCCAUAUACUGUCAGAAAAAGAAGAAAAGGCAAAGCUGACAAAGCCGUAUUAACAAGGUAGGCUGAUGGCCGGGAUGAAUCCUGACGAAUAGGCCGGGAACAUACUUUUCUCACUGCCCACUUGAGUCCUGCACAUGCUUGCCAAAUAACCAAACGUUUAAGACCUUCAACUGGGGAUGCAGGCCGAUUUUUAUUGCUCUCAGUUUCCACUAUAGAAGGCCGAGCAGCAGGCCAAGAAGCGGAUCUAGAAUGCCCGCUUAUAACGUGUCCGGCAGCUUUUCCAUAUCUGGAGAGAUAAAUACAUAAAUAAAAGAACUGGUUGAAUUUAGUUUAGGGUUAAUAGCGGUCAAGAAAACAAAUUUAUGUUUUAGCAACAGCAAUGUUUGAACAAUAGUCUGGAUUUACAACGCACCCUAUCGUUUUUUCAAGAAAUUAUUGUAUUGAUUAGGAUUUAUUAUAGGAAAAACAGGGUUAGCAACCGCUUAUAGUUAACUCUGUUAUCUAGAACAUUAAAGGCAAAUUUAAUUUAAGAAUCACGUUUGGGUAUACAAAUAAACGUAAAAGAUAUAAUGAUUAAUAGCAUGACUGUCAUUAAAAAUAAAUUAAAUUACUCAUUUUACUAACGGGCAAUAAAAAUAUCUCUCUUAUCGAUAUUCGGCGUUAUCUUUAGAGCAAAACGAUACAGGGGUCAAAAGCGGCAGAAAUCAAAUGAGAACAUCUAGGACAAUACUUACGUUGAUUGACCACCGUACUUAGAUUCAAACACGGUACGUUGAUCCAAAGGAUCUCCCUCAAUCUCCUCCAUGGAGAACACGCCCAUUAAGCAGUGGGCCUUUUAGCCGAUAUAAAUUCAAUUCUUAAUUUCGUAAUUCUUCAAUAUAUUCUAUGUUCCUUCUACUAUCCUUUUUAUUAGGUCUAAAAGAUAAAUAUACACUAUUGAGCGCGAAAGUAUGCCGAUACAAUUCGCUGGUAAAUCAUAUCGGCUUGGUACUCAAUGGCUCAAUGGCCGC